AUGCCCACGAUUGGCGCUCCUCUCCGCACAUGGACGCUCCUCCUGCUGGUCUGCAGCUCAGCUACGUAUGUGACCGGCCAUGCAGCGAAUGAAACCUCGAAUGCCAUCUCAGCCGCUACUGCAGCCUCGAGUAUCACCACACCCUCAUCCCCAGCGGCCACGGCGACUGUACCUUUGCCGUCACAGGCGCCAUCACCCGCCCCACGCAGAUACAGCAACAGCGACGCACAAUGCCCGGCCCGCACAAUAAACUAUAUUACACAUACACUGCCGCAGCAGUGCGCCAAAACGAGUUGGUCGGCUCCCAGCGAGACUGCCUCUACGCAUAUCACGACGGGCGAGGCACAAUCACAACCUACCACGAAUGCUCCGACAAACACAGGCGAGCCAAGGCCGGAAGCAGAGAGCCAGUUGGAUGAUAAACUCAGCAGUGCCAUCUCGCUCAUUGCUGCUCAUGCACACGGGACACCAAGCGGCACAGCGGGCGACUCUGGAGUAGAGGUGGAGACGGACUCGCCCUUUGACAAUGCCAGUUUCCUAUCCUUUGAGGAGUGGAAGAAGAAGAAUCUCGAGCGGGUCGGGCAGUCACCUGAAAAUGUCGGGCAAGGUCGGACUGCUCCAUCAGGCGAGCAAGCGCGCAGACGGCCUGUCAAUGUGAACGCUCUCGACUCGCUGGGCGACGAAGGAGAAAUAGAGCUCGACUUCAGCGGCUUUGGAAAUCCCGGGGAUAAGAAAGAGACAUCAAAUCAAAGUCGGCAGGAAGGGACACAGGAGCCAGGAAUGGCCAAGGCGACCGGAGAAGAGGGCAUAGCUGCACCCAGCUCGUGGGCUCUGAGCAAGGAUGCGGGCAAGACCUGCAAAGAGCGCUUCAACUACGCUUCCUUUGACUGUGCAGCCACUGUUCUCAAGACCAACAAGCAAGCCAAGAGCGCGACAUCCAUCCUCGUGGAGAAUAAAGACAGCUACAUGCUCAACGAGUGUUCCGCUGAUAACAAGUUCCUCAUCGUGGAACUGUGUGACGAUAUCCUGGUUGACACAAUCGUCCUGGCAAACUAUGAGUUCUUCUCCUCCAUGUUCCGCCACUUUAGAGUCAGCGUCUCUGAUCGCUAUCCAGUCAAGCUUGAACGAUGGCGGACAUUGGGGACUUUUGAAGCGCGAAAUUCGCGCGACAUUCAACCUUUUCUCAUCACUGAGCCGCAAAUCUGGGCUCGUUACCUUCGUGUCGAGUUCUUGACCCAAUAUGGAAACGAGUUCUACUGCCCUCUGAGUUUGAUUCGUGUACAUGGAACGACCAUGAUGGAGCAGUUCAGGCAGGAGGAAGAGCAGGCAAGAGGCAUUGAGGAUGAUGGUGACUUGGAGGCAGAAAGCAGGGAUGUUGUGAAGCCGGCCGAGGAUAGCGGACCAUUGCCACCGGACCAGAUACCCAUUCAGGCUGUGAAAGAUGGCAAUGCAGGUUCUCAAGAUACUUCAAGCUCAGAGAGUAUAACAACAGCAACGCCAUCAUCAGGCCCUGAAACUGUGCCAAGUCAAACCCCACAGCAAGGCCAGGAACACGAUAUGUCAUCUGGUUCUACAACAGUCGCUUCGGUCACUGAGUUCACAGAAGCAGCUUCUGACACCGCAGCCGCGGUUUCUUCCUCUCCAGCAGUCAAACAGAGAGGUACAAGUGGUGAAUCAGACCCUUCGGCGAGUCACGGAAGCAGCGUUCCAGCAACACCAUCACCACAAUCAUCAACAGGCUCAGAAAUAUCAACACAAAGUCAAAGCCACGCCUCAGAUGCCGCCACUACUGUCUCAUCGCCCCCUACCUCCCAAAGCUCCAGCCCCAGCAGCUCGACUGGCAAUGGUACAGGCUCUCCACCAUCCAACAGCCAACCAGCCAAAGCCGCAAGUGAUGCUACUGGCGCAAGCCCACCAAUCCAACCACCGCCCCGCGGUUCCUCUACUCAGCCCAACGGCGCCGUCCCAUCAACCCAAGAAUCGUUUUUCAAGUCCAUCCACAAACGGCUCCUCUAUCUCGAAGCUAAUAGCACACUCUCCUUGCAAUACAUUGAGGAACAGUCGCGUAGCCUCCGUGAUGCCUUUCUCAAAGUCGAGAAGCGGCAACUCGCCAAGACGGAGAAGUUUCUUGAUCACUUAAACAGCACAGUCAUGCUCGAGCUGAAGAGUUUCCGCAACAUGUACGAUCAGCUUUGGCAGAGUACUGUCAUUGAGCUUGAGAGCAUGAAGGAGAGGCAGAGGAAUGAAAUGGGGGAAAUCGGAGCAAGACUGAGUCUAUUGGCCGACGAGUUGGUCUGGCAGAAACGCAUGGCCGUCGUACAAUCCACCCUGCUCCUCGUCUGUCUCGGCCUCGUCCUCUUCGUCCGCUCCGGCACCUUGGGCUCAUCCACCGAUGUACCCAUUGUCCAACACCUAGGCAGCAAAUACACCAGCCUCUUCGACACCCCGUCCCGCCCCCAGCCCGAAUCAGGACUUGCCCGCCGUCGCCGCACCUUUAGAGACAUGUGGCGCAGCGACACCUCGGCCGGCCUCAGCGAUCGCGACCACCAAAGCGAUGCCCCCCACCCCCUCUCAGACGCUGACACGGAUGGCGCCCGCAGCCCCCUUCACAACGAAUAUAGUCCCGGCUCGCCAAAUCCGCCUACGCCAGCUACUCUGGGUGCACGCGAUGCCCGCCUCCACGACAGGACGCUGCGGGCCUACGCUGACAAUGACAUGGAUCUGUCGGAUCCUGAGCCUGAGCCUCAGCUUGAUCCUGAUGACCAGGCUGCGCGCAUUCAGGUCCUGGAAACGCAGUCUGGGCCUGCGACACCCAAUGGUACACGUGACUGCCGGCCCUCGUGGGAGGAGGUGGACCGCGCGAUGGAUGAGUUGAAGGCGGAGGGUAGAGGGGCGAGUGGGCAUAGUGGUGGCCCUGUUGGCGGGUCGCAGGUGGGAAGGGGGGAGGCGGUGGGGAAAGAUGAGGAUAGGGAGAGGGAGAGGGAUAGAGAUAAAGGCAAGAAAAAGGCAAAGGGCAAGGGCAAGGCGAUGGGAAAUGCACAGCGGUUGGGACAGGCACAGGCGGACAAGAAGAGUCCGUUGAGAAGGGCGUAUAGCAGUUUUGACGAGAGGAACGGAGAUGAGGAUUCUUAG